AUGAACCGAUACAGGGAACUCCAACCCACCAUUGAUGACAUCUUUCACCAGCGUGGGGAGGAGGUGGUGGCCCACGAGACGGUGUCAGAGAUCGGCAAUAAGAAAAAGGCAUCGACGCCGCGUCUGCUCAUCCUGUCACACUUCCUCGGCAGCAGCGGCAGCGCCACUCUCAGCAUCGUGACGGUGAACCCGAGCAGGAAGCGGGUGAAGCUCAAGUCCGCCUUUGCCGUGGAUCGGCUGAUCAGUAUUUCGAACGAGGGAAGCUUCGAUGCAGCCUUCAACUUUGGCUCCAGCGGCGUGCUGUCCGUCAGCUUCGAGUCACACAUCCAACGAGAGAUGUUUCUCGCUGCCGCCCGCCGCAUCCUUGCGAUGCCAUCGUCGUCCUCCGGGGCCCAUGGGGGCUACGCCGAGAACCGGAUGAGCCCCAUCCACGGUGUACUCACAGAGGCGGUGGGUGCUCAGGUCGAAGCUGACGCUGCGGCCCGUGUGCGCAAGCUGCGGCAAGACAAGCGACGCGUCUUCACAACGGAAGAGGAGGAGCACCUGCUGCGCCACAUUGGCAAUAAUGGGGCUGGGUUCGAUGAUAUCAAGCAGUUUCAGGAGAUUCUCCUUCGCCAGCAGAAGAGCUCAGAGCUCAGAUCGCUCAACUUGCUGACCACCUCCGAGGCUGCGUGGCAGGAGGCGCAGCGGCAGGUGCAGGACCUCGUCCAAGACGUGGAGGAGGUGGAGCAGCGCAUUGAGUCGUACUCCAAGCACCUUUUAUCGAAGAAGGCCGUUCUUCAGCAGGUGGAGCACACCAACAACACACUGCAGCGACGACAGCAAAACCUGGAGGCGCUGUAUAUGAUGAUGUCCGACCUGCGCGACCAACUGCGGCUCGCACCAGCAACCAUGACGUUGCUGAGUCGACUACGCACCGUACCAGAGGAUUGCCUCGUGGCCUUCUUCUCCGAAGGCAGCAACGCGGUUACCCUAUCAAUGGCGAUGAAGCAUAUGCAGAGUGUACUGCAUAACCCGAAACUGGACAGUGACUUUCCUAUCGCCGCUGUCGCGGAGCGGAAGGUGUUUUUUCUGGAGCAGCGCAAGAUGAUCGCGCAGCGCUCCAAAUUGUAUAUAAUGGCCAUCAUAGAAUCCUUCGAGGCAAAGUACCUAGCAGACAAGGCGCGAUACAGUCGCGACGCGUUGCUUGUGUGGCAGCUGCACGUUGAACUGGCGCACAAACUGAUAGACAUCAGCGGCGUUAUCUGUGCACUGGAGUGUAUCGAUGUGGAGGGGUUCAACAAUGUACUGCGCAAGUAUCGGACGAGCAUGCAGAAGGUCUACGCACUCGAGAUCACGCACUUCUUCAAGUGCCUUAAGAAGCAGGUUAAGAAGGUGAACACCUGGCGCGGCCCCUUCCUGCUUGGCACCUCCGAGUCGCGCAGGGAGGCCAUGUCGAUGCGGAUGGAGACGGCCCAGUCUGGUGAGACGCCGCGCAUGUACUCCCGCUACGGCCAGUCAACACCGGCGCUCACCCCUCGUAUGAUGCGCUUCGGUGACGACUCAGACCAGGGGACCAGCGCUGGUGGCUGGACAGCCUCUGGGACUGGCGGUAACGAAGACCACACGCACCUCUCUGUGCAGUUCCCGUCGGCAGCCGACCUGAGUAUGGAAGGCGGUGUGCCUGCCUCGGCAAUCCAGCUGUACCAGAGCGCUAACACACUGCGCCGGCUGGACGCACGAGCGGAAGUGUCGUCGGUAGUGAGCGGGAUCAAGUCCCUCACCCCCACCAGCACAAGCGGUGGCGGGUAUGUGCGACCGGAUCUCGCCUUCGCUAUUGCGCUAGAAUCGUCUGUACUAGCGGUGAUUAACGAGGAGGCGAUUCUUCACCGCUGCUUUAACCUGUUCAGCACUCCGGAAGAGAAGAGCGGCAACGACCACAGCGCCGCAGGUUCCUCGAGUACCGGCGCCAGCCCGCAGGCGGAUGACUCCAAGAGGACAGGGGCCGCCACUCUCAGGGGAGCCGCCGGGACGGACCGCGCGCAGAUGAAACAGGAGUCUUUGCUCGAGCUCUUUGGCGGAGUCGAUGCCAAGUAUUUCGUACGCGCUCUACAAGGGAUGUCGCGUAGCGACAGCGCGCAGUACUCCUGCUCGAACAGCCAGGACAUCGGCCUACCGCCUCGCCCUCCUCCGGCAGGGUACGGCGGUGGUAGCUGGGGUCAAGGCAACUCUUCAUUCCCGCACCGGCGGACGUGGAGCGGAACGUCAUCGGCAGUGUAUGACCGCGAGCGCAACUCCAUUGCCGGCGAUGAUGUGGACGGCGGCGGCCCUGAUGACGAGGCCAGUCGUGCAUCUCGCAUCGCGCUGCACCGAAACUUUCUCAUUCGCACCAUGCGUGACUUGGCUCUUUUCGUUGUCGAGAAGUGCGAUCGCAUCUACUGUGUCCCCAUCCUCUGCAUGAUACGCGCCUACCGCGCCACCGCGACCGACAGUGCUAUGCUGCCGUCGAAGAGUGCCUUCUGUCAGGCAAUGCUGGGGGAGGUGGAGGCGGUGAUGGUAGGUGGCAUGACGCGGUUUGUAGCGGAGCAGACCGAUUCGAUACACCGGUGCCGCAAGCGGUACGUGGUGCAUCCCACACCGUUGCUGCACUGCUUCUCCAAGAUGCCGGCCCUCUUUCUGCGAUUGGAAGCCGUGCACAACGCCCUCGCCUCCAACGUGUGCGACCGCACCGAGUACGCUUCUAUCGCGCUGAGCCUCGUCGACCAGUCCUUCGAUGCGCUGGACCAAAUCACAAACGUGAGAGGCACUGGUGAGGACCGGAACGCGGGGCAUCUAAAGCUGAACGAACUCAUUGCGCAGAAGCUGCACUCCGUGCUGGAUGGCGUGGAGGCGGACAUCAGCUCCCUCAAGUGGGUCUUUGUUCAGCAGUACCGGCAUCAGUCGUUCUUCUGUGCCUUCUACUCGACUAUGCCAAGCGACAGCUUUGCCGUGGAGCUGCUGCAGGAUCACUAUGCAUCGGCGAAGGCGAAGCGGGACCGCUACGAGGAGCUCUACCUAACGCGUGUGCUCCUCGUGCGCAGCUUCCCGGUUUUCGGCAUAUUCGCGCUCUCCGCUGAGGACCUCUCGAUGAUCUACUCCAAGGAAGAGCUGCGACACCACAAGGCGCUCUCUGUGGAUGCAGUGGGGAAGGUGCUUAGCGGGCUCGAGAAGGAGAUGCGCUCCGGCGUGCGGGCGAGCGCGGAACGGAUGAAGAGGCACUUUUUGCGCGAUGUAGACCUCGGCGGCAACGAGGCCUCUUUCCACACAACGCUGCUGCAGCGCACCUGGCAACACUUCUCAACGCUGCUGCUGCGCAAGUUCGACUUUUUGGCAGAGCUGCUCUCGUGGCCAGCGUAUCGUGAUAUUUUCAUUCCUAUAACCCGCUCCGACGUUGUGGGGAUGCUCGCGGCGUACUAG